AUGGAGACAAAGGAAAUAAACCUAGAGCUGGCACUGAGCCAGUCCUCUCCACCAUCUUCCACCAUGGCAGAUUACAUAAACGAACCGGAGAGAGUGUUCACCUGCAACUACUGCGAGAGAACUUUCUUCAGCUCCCAGGCUCUCGGAGGCCAUCAAAAUGCUCACAAGGUUGAGAGAAACCUCGCCAAGAGAAGCAGGGAGAUGGCCGCCGUUCUCAGGCAGCACUCCGCCUCGGCAGGCGGCGGUACAGGGCGGAAGGCGACGGCGCCAGCGAGGCAUGGAGGAAGUUUGGGAGGGGAGAUGUUUUGGGGUGGGGUUUAUAGGAGGAAGGAGGAUGAUGACGUGGAUCUGUCGCUCAGGCUAUGA